AUGGGCUAGAGUUGUGCAUCUUGUUAGAAUAAAGAUGAAGCUCCUGUUGUUUAUGAUAGUAUGGAAAAAAAAGAUAAAUUUGCUGAAGAAGACCUAGACGACAGUUAAGAAUUUGAUGCUAGUAUUACUUUAUUAUANUAUUAGAAAAAAAAUUUCUAUUUUAAACUAAUAUUUUAAAUUAAUUGUUUAUUUUGGUUUACAUAGAAAUAAAAGUUCAAUCUGAAUGCAAGUUUUCAUCUUCAUUAUAAAUUCUAUAGUUUAUUAAGUUAAAAGAAAAAAGAGAAGAUACUUUAGUGAUUAAUAUAUCAGCCUAAUUAUUAUAGAUUAAAAAGAACAUUAUAAAUAAGAAAAAAAUUAAUACAAAAUUUAAUGCAAUAAGUAAUAAAAAAACCAUCAGAAAUUUAAUAUUUUGGUAAUCGAAUUAUUAAUUUUAAUGAAGUUUUCUACAUUAAUUACUUCUCUACAAAAGGUGAAAUGGAAGGGAAGUUGUGCUGUUUUAGAAGAACUUAAAAAUUUCUUAUAGGAAUUUAAUGCAAUUGUAAUCGUAUUUUACUUAAUUUAGUAUCCAUAACACAUAAUAAAAUUAUCUCAAAAGUUUUCUUUUCUAAUUUUAGAUAAUAAUAGAAGAGUUUAGCUAUUAGAGAAUAUAAAAUUUUUAUUUCUGAUUGUUUUAUGAUUAAGAAUUGUAGAAUUAUAUUCAAACUAAGAAUUCAAAGAGUAUGUCAAAAUGAGUUGGAGAUUAGUUCUUAAAUGAUUUAAUUAUAUAUCAAUACUGGAAAGUAAAAGCAAAAUAAAAUUUUAUAUUUUUGA